UAUGUUCUUGAUGAUCUGAUCAAUUAUUUUUAUUCAACAGUUGAUGAGAAGUUACAGUGCUACACAAAAAGUGGGAAACUGAAGGUUCAUUUUUUUGGGGCAUUUGAUCUUAGAAAUGGGUUGUUUAAGUAAAAUAGUUAAAAGAAGGAAAUCUAAGCAAGUUAAGGAAGAUUUGGUUACCAAUGAAACAGCCGUCGAUGAAAGUUUAACGCUAUCCAAUCAAGAGACGACAGCUGCCACUAAGAUUCAAGCCGUUUUUCGUUCCUUUUUGGCAAAAAAAGUAUUGCACAAUCUAAAGAGCAAGGCAAAAGAAACUCAAGAGGAGUUUGAUCAAGAUCAGACGGUUAACGAUGAAUCCACGUCUACAACAACAAGUGGCAUAAAGGGAACUGUCCAAAUUCGCGAUUUUGUUGGAGUUCACACAGUUAAAGAUCAAACAAUGUCUGCAUUGAAUCACAUACAUUCAUGGAGUCGAAUACAAGACCAAAUUAGGGCUCGGAGACUUUGUAUGGUGAAAGAAGCUCGAAUUAAACAAAAGAAAUUGGAGAAUCAGAUAAAACUUGAAGCAAAAAUUCACCAACUUGAGGUUGAAUGGUGUGGUGGGUCUGAAACUAUGGAGGAAAUCUUAAGCAGAAUUCAACAAAGAGAAGAGGCUGCUAUCAAGAGGGAAAGAGCCAUGGCAUAUGCAUUUCUUCAUCAGUGGCGGGCUAAUUCAAGUCAAUAUCUUGGACAAGUUUCUUUCGGUCUAGGGAAAGAAGAUUGGGGAUGGAGUUGGGUUGAGCGUUGGGUGGCUGCUAGACCGUGGGAAAUUCGAGUAGUUUCUUAUCCCACAAACUUGAAAAAAAUUCAAGGGAAUAAACAUGAUCAGAAUACAUUCAACCAUACUGAGAAUAACGUUUCAAAUUUUGAUAAUUCCAUUUCACAUAAUGACAACUGCAAAAACCGAAAAACUUGCUCGACUACACAUCCACAACAAACUUAGAUUUGCCAUCGCAGAAUUGAUUCUACCCUAUUUCGGUUCUUGAAAAUUCUAAAAUUUUCUAAGUUUAUAUAUUUUCUUUGUUUGUUUUGUUUCCCUUGGCUUGAAUUUGGGGUGAGAAUAUAUGAUGAUGAAAGAGUGUAACAACAAAAAAACUAUUAUUGGAUGUUUAUAAAGAGUGUUUUUAUAUUUGUUUGUUUUUGUGUUUGGUAUGCAUGGAAAAGAUGAAGUGAAAAUGAAGGGGACAAACUCUUGGAUAAGUCCCACUCUUUAAUGCAUCCAACAACUUUAAAUUAAUGAAAACAAAUAGUUGUUACUAGAAAAAGCAAGAGACAACUAUUAUUUAUUUUCUCUAUUUUUCAAAUAAAAAAUGAGUACCAUGGUAACAAACUUAACUUU